AUGCCUGUAAUAUACUGCCCCCUCUGCCCCUUCUAUGAUGUGAAGUUUGUACGAGUUGUGAAUCACGUAGGUCAGGUCCAUGCAAGUGCACACAAUUUCAAAGUGACCUGUGGUUUGGACAACUGCGUGAAAGUAUUCAGCUGCUUCCAGACCUAUAGGAGGCACCUUUACCGGAACCACAACAUGCUCGACACCGAGUUCAGCUCGGAUGACGCAGCCCAGUCAACACCAAGUGCCAGUGCUUCAGCUACAGACUUUGAUGAGGGCACCGAGCCUAUUACACAGCCUUGUGACAGCGCAAAGCUCGAGAAAGAGACGCGGCCAUUUUUGGAGGUGAAAAGGACAUUAUUGCUUUUCCAUCUCAAGAUGACUGAAGGCCUGAAGCUGCCUUAUAGUACAGCAGAUACUAUUUUUGGAAUGGUUAAGCUGUUGCUUUCUGCAACCCUCAAGGAGUUUGCAGAGGAGGUCAACAAGAAGCUGGCGACUCUCAAGGCUGAUCUGCCAGGCUCUGACAUCAACACACUGCUUCAAACAGAAGGCCUAGUGGAUGUUCUGUUUUCUGGAAUCCAAACCAAACACCAGCGAACAAACCUUGUCAAAAAAAGCCUUCCGUACACCGAAGCAAGAGAAAUUCAACUGCAGCAAGGCGGGGCUCCAAAAAGAUAUUUUCAAUAUGUGCCCAUUCAAGACGUACUCCAAAAUCUGCUCACCUGUGACGACAUCUACGAAAGUGUGGAACAACCUCCUAGCCAAAGAGAGGACGGCAUGUUGAAUGAUUUCAGCGAUGCCAACUUCAUCCGAGAGCAGCAGAAAAAGGUACAACUUGCUGGAGACCAGCAAAGCACCAUUUUUCUUCUUCUUUACACCGAUGAACUGGAACUGAACAAUCCACUGGGAUCUGCAGUAGGUAAACACAAAAUUCUCCUUGUCUACUUCAGCAUCCUGAACAUACACCCACGGCACCGUUCCAAGCUGAGCUCUAUACAUCUGCUCAUUAUUGCCCGAUACUCGACGGUCACGGAUUUUGGGUUGAAGGUCCUCUUGGAGCCGCUCAUUAAGGAUCUGAACAUCUUGAGGACACACGGGUUUAGAAUGCACAACAAAGCAUUUAAAGUAUGCGUCGUUGCAGUGGUUGGCGACAACCUUUCACUUCAUCGUCUGGCUGGCUUAACGUGCUCCUUCAGUGGCGGGCGUGUGUCCCGCUUCUGCUUAGCAAAGUAUGAAGAUUUACGCGAUCUUGUCCUUCCUACCCAAUGUGUUACAAGGUCGGGUGCAUCUCAUGCCAGUCACCUGGCUGCAUUUCUCCUGGAUCCUGCACGCAAUGGUAAGAUCUACGGCAUCACAGGUCCGUCCCCACUUGCGUCUUUGGAGGGGUUUGACAUCAUGAAUCAACUACCCCCAGAUGCCAUGCAUGAUGUCCUGGAAGGUGGGAUUGCAGUUGUGGUCAAGGCCGUACUGAAGGGUCUCGUAGAUUCAAAGGUUAUCAAGAAAGACGACUUGAAUCGCAUUGCUCAGUUUUCCUACGGACAACAUGACAAGAAGUCGAAGCCUGUGUUUGAUCCCGACAAGUUUUUGGCUCCAUCUGGCAACUUGAAGGGGACCGCUUCCCAGAAAUUGUGCCUUUUUCGACUGUUGCCUCAGAUUCUUGGAGACUUGAUUCCACAGAAUGAUAGCAACUGGAAUGUGUACACAGCGUAUCGGCACAUUGUGGACAUAAUUCUCUCGGAUACAAUGCCAAGGGACUGUGCUGCAUACCUCGAAGUAAAGGUCUCGGAGUUUCUCCGCCUCUUCACAGAGCAGUAUCCAGACAAAUCCGUGACCCCAAAGCUACACUACCUCCUACACUACCCCAAGUAUAUCUUAGAAUUUGGACCACCCCGCAGAUACUGGGGAAUGAGGUUUGAAGCCAAACAUUCUUAUUUUAAAGGACUGGCAUCAGAAGUAAAAAACCACAAGAACAUCUGCAAGACCUUGUGUCAGAGGCACCAACUCCUGCAGGCGUACCAGAUAUCUUCUGCUACACUGAGUCAGCCUAUUGAUGUGUCUGGAGUGGCCGUCGUGAAAACCGCAUCACUUCCUGAGGAAUUUGUGGUUUUGCUUCCCCAAGGUUUGAGAGAAUUGGAUUCUCUGAGCUCUGUCAAGACAGCUGCUUUCAACAACUGCAGCUACAGGGUUGGCGAUGCAUUUGUUCACUCAGUCGAUGAUGGCAACCCUAGUUUUGCGGAAGUGCAUGGUCUUUUCGUUGCCAGUGGAACGUUGAUCAUAAUGGCAAAAAAGCUCGCCACUGUUGAAGUUUCAAAACACAGAUGUUCCUACAUCGUCCUGCGUCGUGAUGAUGCAAUGUGUGUAAUACCGAACUUCCAAUUUGACUAUUAUCCACUGGACUUUUACCCAUACGGCAGUUUUCUCGAGGUUGUGCCUCAUUACGAGAUAUUUGUGUAA